AUGGGGGAGGCCCGCAAACUGUUUGAUGAAAUUGUAGGAAGGAGAGACUUAAUAUCGUGGAACAUUUUGAUGGGAGGAUAUCUUUGUGCAUCUCAGAAUUAUUUGGUUGUAGACUUGUUUAGGCUGUUAUGUACCAGUGGUCAAAUUGUUGGCAAGACCACAAUCUUGAGUGUUAUCUUGGUUGCUGGGGAACUGAAUUGCGUUAUGACAGGAGAUGUUGUCUUGUGGAAUUGUCUCACAGAUGGAUAUGCUAAAGGUGGCCUGCUAGAUGAAGCAUUAGAUUUACUGGGUUUGAUGAAGCUGGAAGAAGUAAAACCCAAUGCAUCAACUCUAGCAGGGUUGCUCUCAGCUUGUGCUUCAUCUGGGGCUCUGGCAUUGGUUCAAUACUAUGUGGAUAUAUGCAAUGUUGAGAGAAGGUCUAUUCGUGAAUUGAACAAAAUGGUUGAGGAGCUAGGUCAUGCUGAUGCAACAUUGAUAUACUAUUAUGUUGAACCAGACAAAGACCUAUCAAAUGGAUUAAGGGAGUUAUGUACUGAUCAGCAUAUCAAUAUGUUUUGUGAAUGGGCCUACACUUUUAUAGUGAUGGAGAUGUACUGUAACCAUUUAAUAGAAGAAGAAAUUGUGGAAGUAUUUACACAUGAAUUAGCUCUUGAGAAUGACAUGCAAAGGAGAAAAUCUGGGGUCUUGAUUGAAAAGCUUGAUGAGCAAGGCCAUAUUGUUAGCCAUCCUUGUGUCUUGUCUUGA